AUGUCCCUCGAUAUGCCCCCGCCAUACAGUUUCUCCCAUUCCUGCGACGCCGGAAUCCACGAUGGUACGGAUGUGAGUCCGGGUACGCAGCCCGUAUGGGAAGAUGUCUGGAAAUUCGACACGAGUGGUGGCCAUGGCCAUGGUGGGGAUAGCAGGUUUGAAGGGGAGAGCGCUAGCGAGAGUGGUAUCGAUGAUGAACAUGAGCCUGAUAUUGAUGGAUUGGAGUUAUUGGAGACGUUGGGCACGGGAACCUUUGGCAGGGUGUAUUUGGCCCGCCUAAACCCGUCCCCAACAGCUCCCCCCCGCUCCCCAAACCCCUCCCACUCCAACCUCAUCCCACACGACCCCCACCGCCGCCGCUCCUCCGCUCAACCCCAAUUCUUCGCCCUAAAAAUUCUCGCAAAAGCAACCGUCCUAAAACUAAAACAACUCGAACACGUCCUCAACGAAUCCCAAAUCCUCCACGCCAUCUCCCCCUCCCACUCCCCCCACCACGCCCACGGGGGCCACCCCUUCCUCACCUCCCUCCACUCCUCCUUCCAAACCCGCACCUCCCUCUUCAUGCUCCUCGAAUUCAUCCCGGGCGGAGAACUCUUCACCCACCUCCGCCGCGCCGGACACUUCCCCACCCCCGUCGCACAAUUCUACGCCGCGGAAAUCGUGUUGGCGCUCGAGUUCUUGCAUGCCCAUUCCAUCGUCUACCGUGAUCUCAAGCCCGAGAAUAUAUUGUUGGCGGAGACGGGACAUAUCAAAUUAACGGACUUUGGGUUCGCGAAACACUUGUCGUCGCCUAGCACGGGUGGGAGGGGUCGGACGUGGACACUCUGCGGAACCCCAGAAUAUUUGGCGCCAGAAAUCAUACGCUCACUCGGCCACGGGGAGGGAGUGGAUUGGUGGGCACUGGGGAUAUUGACGUACGAAAUGCUCGUCGGAUACCCUCCAUUCUACGCCGACAACCCUUUCGGGAUCUACGAAAAAAUCAUCGAAGGACGCGUCCGAUUCCCCACCUCCUCCUCCUCCUCCUCCUCCUCCUCCACACCACACAUCGAGGCCCCCUCCCGCUCAUUCAUCCUAUCCCUCCUAACCCCAGACCUCUCCCGCCGCCUCGGCACCCUCUCCCAUGGCUCCCUGGACGUGCGCCGCCACGCAUUCUUCUCCGCCCUCGACUGGGACGCCCUCGAACACUGUCAAGUCCGUCCACCGAUCGUGCCGGUCGUUAGGGGCGAGGGGGAUCGGUCGAAUUUCGAGGUGUAUGAGGAGGUUGGGGGGGGAGAGAGAGAGGUUGAGUGGGGGAGAGUUAGGGGGGAGGUUUGUGGAGGGGGGGGUGGGGAAGAUGAGUUUGGGGGUGUUUUUGAGGGGUUUUGA